AUGUCAUCUGCGUUCAAAUAUAACAGUCUUCUAGACGAAUUGAUUGGGUACAGGAACUGUACGAAGGGUUUCACACUUCCACUGGACGUUUCUGUUCUCCUGUUUAAAGCAUUUGGCACAUCUAGUCUAACUCUAAUAGAGCGAGUUAAAAGGAAUAAAAGAAUUACAUGUAGAGAAGUCUGUUCCGAUGCGAUUCACACCUUUUCAUUAGAACCGACGGUGUUACGCCUGAACACGCCGAUAACAGUUGUGGGCGAUUUACACGGACAAUUCUAUGACUUACUCCGAAUCUUUGAAACAGUUCAAUACCCGCCAAACACGACGUUUCUGUUCUUAGGGGAUUACAUCGAUCGUGGCCAUUAUGGCGUCGAGGUGGUUACGCUUCUGUUCUUAUUGAAAAUGAAAUACCCCAAACACGUCUAUUUGAUUCGCGGAAACCACGAGACGGAAUACGUCUCGCUCCUCCACGGCUUUUACUCGGAGUGUCAGAAGUUCAAAGACGAGCAAAGCAAAGUCUUCGACGCGUUUCAAGCCGUUUUCGAUUAUCUUCCCUUGUGCGCGAUUAUCAAAGAAAAGGUGUUUUGUGUCCACGGCGGCAUCUCCCCGUCGCUCAAUUCUCUCGAACAAAUCGAACAAACCAAAAAGCCUUUCAAAAUCCCAAACAGCGGCUUCCUCUGCGAUUUGGUGUGGUCAGACCCUAAUGACCUCGACAUCAACGGUUGGAUGAAAAGUGAACGUGGGAUGGGCUGUGUGUAUGGACAAGACGUCUGUGAUGACUUUUUAAUGAAGAACGGCUUCGAGGUGAUACUCCGCGCUCAUCAAAACGUCGACGGGUACAAGUUCUCCCUUAACAAAAAAGUGGUGACGGUAUUUUCGUGCCCAAACUACAUGGAGACUUAUGAGAACACCGGCGCGGUGAUCCGCUUCGACGACAACUUGAUGGGACACUUCGUCGUCUUCAAACCAACAAAGAAGUGA